UGCCCACCAGCAACCACAACAACAACAACAACAACAUGGUUAUGAACUUGCCACAUGGACUGGGAUUGGGCGGCGGCGGCGGCGGCUUGAGCCAAGGACACGCGCAUGGACACGCGUUGGCAGGACUUGCCAGUUUGGGCAUUAUUGUUAACAAGGGCGGUCUAAGUGGCAUGACAGGCGGUCUCGCGGGCUAUGGCAGCACUUUGCUCAAUGGAGGCGCUGCACUUGGAGCACUUGGAGGAUCAGCCAUGAGCUCCGGCAUGGACAGUUCAUACGAGCACUUUAUAUCGGAGCACACAGUUAUGGCCGUCUUCACAUCGCAAGGCCAAGUGGGCGGUCCUUGUCGCUAUAUGCCUGCCACACGACGCCAGAACCAUCAAUGCCGCAAGGAGACAGGACUGCCAGGCACUCUAAGCGAGGCCAGACGCUUGGCCACCACCCACUGUGAGGAUCAAUUUCGCUAUGAUCGCUGGAACUGUUCGAUUCACACGCGCAACAAGCGCAACAUCUUCAAGAAACUCUACAAGGAGACGGCAUUUGUGCAUGCGCUGACUGCCGCUGCCAUGACGCAUUCAAUAGCCAGAGCCUGCGCUGAGGGACGCAUGACCAAAUGCAGCUGUGGGCCACGCAAACAGAAUCGUGCGGAUCAGGACUUUCAAUGGGGUGGCUGCAAUGAUAAUCUGAAGCAUGGCAAGCGUGUAACGCGCAGUUUUCUGGAUCUACGCGGCGGCGAUGGAGAUGAAGUCACCGAAAUAUUGCGACAUGACUCUGAGGUUGGCAUCGAGGCUGUCUCCACGCUGAUGAAGGAUAAAUGCAAAUGCCAUGGUGUCUCCGGCUCCUGUUCCAUGAAGACUUGCUGGAAAAAGAUGGCAGACUUCAAUGCCACGGCCAUGCUGCUGCGACAGAAAUAUAAUCAGGCUAUAAGAAGAGCGCCCAAUCAACGCACCAUGCGGCAAGUGCCAGCGAGUCGCAUGAAAAAACCAAAGCAACGACGCAAGAAACAACAAUCAUCGCAGUAUACCACGCUCUAUUAUUUGGAGACUUCGCCCACUUAUUGCUCGGUUACCAAGGAUCGCGAGUGCAUGCAUCCUGAUAAUUGUGCAACCUUGUGCUGUGGGCGUGGCUAUGUCACCAAAGUCCAAAAGAAGGUGGAAAAAUGUCGCUGUCGCUUCGAAAAUGGACGCUGCUGUCUACUGAUCUGUGACUAUUGUCAGAGCUUUGAGAAUAAAUUCUUUUGUAAAUAAGCAGGCGCGCUAUCUCUAUCUCUCUCUUAAACUCACUCUCUCUCUAUCUCUCUAUCUCUCUCUAUAGCUAUCGCACUUACACUCUAACUAACUCUAAGCAGCAGCUUGCUUUAUUUAAUUGUAAUUUGUAAAGUUUUUUUCUUGUAUUUUUUUCCAUUCCUAAACUAAAUACUUUGAUAACAUGAUAUGCGUACACAACAACAACAACAAAAACAAAGCUCAGCCCACACACACACACAUACACAUCUACACUUAC